GGUGCUCACUAGCUGUCGUUUGCAUGUUUUUGUUCUGCUCUGCUUUACUUUUACAUAAUUGGGUAUCGGCAGUUUUCCUUAUUUAAUUAAUUCUGAAAACUUGAACAAGUUGCCUGGCACGAAGCCUCCCCACGCAGGGCUGUGAAUGCAGUGACGGGGGGUGGGGGGGGACGUCCUGUCAGAGCAGGGUGGUUGGGGUGGGGCUGGGCACAGGUGACGAAGCACCCUCACGUCAGGACCAGACGCCCCGGCACAAGUACAAGCAUAGCACCGUCCCCACCACACGGACCACGCCACGUGUGUUCCUGUUGUAAGUCUGGUUAUGACCCAUAAGGGAUUGCAGUCACGACUGCUGCUUGGGGAAGUCCGGAUCCUGGCAAAGGGAGGCUCAGGACUGAGCUGAGGAAGGAGAAGCGCAGGCUGUGGACAAGCUCGCUCCCUGGAGGGGUGCGCGAGAGACGGCUCCUGGUUUACAACAAGGACAGGGCUCCUGGGGUCAUGUCCCUGUAAGGCAGUGUGGGCACCGUUCCUGGGAGCAGGGUCCAGCCUGGCUCCUCACCCAGCCUCGCAGACUGGGACAGGUUGGUCGUAACCUGUGCCCCAGUGUCACAUCCCAGAGAACAGGAUGAUCACUCACUUCCUGGGGUGCCUGAGGAUGAAGUGUCCUCCAUGGAGGUCGCUUAGAAUUGCUCAGGACCACACUGGCACAGGGCUGUUCCCGCAUUUUGGUUUUUCUUACUUUUACAGAUUGGUCAGCAGUACCUGUUAGAUUCCAGCACCUUCGUCUUUGUGAAAUCAGCGGCUCAGCAUUUCUUCUCGGAGGCAGUGGUUAGAAAAUGUAGAGCCAGGCUGGGGUAGAGGUGCAGAUGGGGACAGCACAGGUGUAGACCUGGCGUAGGGGGUGCAGGUGGGGACAGCACAGGUGUAGACCUGGAGUAGGGCGUGCAGGUGGGACAGCUCAGGAGGUGUAGACCUGGCGUAGGGGGUGGAGGUGGGGACAGCACAGGUGUAGACCUGGAGUAGGGGGUGCAGGUGGGGACAGCUCAGGAGGUGUAGACCUGGAGUAGGGCGUGCAGGUGGGGACAGCACAGGUGUAGACCUGGAGUAGGGGGUGCAGGUGGGGACAGCACAGGAGGUGUAGACCUGGAAUAGGGGUGCAGGUGGGACAGCUCAGGAGGUGUAGAGAGAGACCUGGUUAGUAUUGAAGUAAACUAUUGUAGAUGAUUCAAAAAAUUAAAGCAAUAUUUUUUUUAUCCCUGUUGAUAGCAGCAGGUAUAUAGGUGAAUUCAAAAUGCUAGAAGCGAAAACAUUUCUUCAACUUCCUUUUGUGUUUUUUCUUAGAACAUUUGCCUAUAUUGGAGGGGUUAGGCAAGGACAGAGGCACCAGCGUACCUGGCUCUCCCUCACUGGCGUUCAUCGUCUGUGACUUUCACAAGACACAGCCCGUGGGAAUUGGUCUACACUACCCUGGUUACCCAGAUCGGAGACUUUGCCUCGUGUGAUGAGAGGCCCAUUCAGCCACCAUCCUUGCGUGUGUUAAAACCGUCUCUUCCUUCUGACGGAGGGCACUUACCCCUUGCAGGAAAGAUGAGCCUUAAUACCUGAAGUCGUGAUGCAGGCGCUUGUCCUGAUGCGGCAGAGUGAGCAGCAGGCUCAGGCAGGCAGGCUGGCAGCACCACAGCGCGGACUGCUGUCCUCCCUGUGCACACACGCAGGCACACGCACGCACACACCAUGGCCUGUCAACCCCGCCAGGCUCCACGGGACCAUGGGGAGAAGCAGUGCAGCCAGGCCCAGGGGCAGGCCGGUGCUCUGAGCACCCCCCCCUCCGCCUUGCCUACAGCUGGGAGGGCCAGGCUCACGGGGCUCAGCAGCCCUUCAGAGGGACCCUGGCAGCGUCACUGGAACCGGGAAUUCCUCAUCCCAGGAGUGGCUGGGCCUGGGCCUGUGUUGGGAGUGGGACUUUGCUUCUGCCGCACUCCAGGCAGGAAGCUGCCCGGCAGGUGGUGAGUGCCAUCACUGGUCGGAGCCUUGUGUCAUCCAGUCCACACCUGGGGAUGCCCUCCGUGACCCUGCCACGCCCGUGUUUGGAGACAUGCAGCCGUGUCUGUCUGUCCUGGGGGUGGUUUUCUAGCUAGCAGAUUAGCCAGUGUCCCUGGUCCAUCGUGUUCCUUACUUGUCUGCGCCUUCUUUGAGUCUGUCCUUUGGGUAGAAGGCAGUGAGCAACCUGGCAGCUGAGAGAGCAGGGGUCUCUGACUUCCUGAGAGUCUGACCUAAAGGCAGUCAGUGGAAGGGUCAGUGCCUCUGUAAUGCGGAAGUUCCAGAAUGUUCCCGUGUAACCAGUUAUGCCUGGGAGCACUGGGAGUCAAAACAUGACUGUUUUCAGUUUGCUUAGAAGAAGCAGCAUUAAAAAGAGUAAAAGCAAGUUUCUUCCCAGUGUGCCUGGCUGCACCAGCCCCUCUGCAUCCCACCUCUCUCCUCCCGACAGGCACAGGCCCCGUCCACCCCUGUGGGACCAUCUGGACCUGGGAGCUGGCAGCUGAUUUUCUCACGUGUUUUGUCUGCUGCUAACAAAAUUUCUGACGGAGUCCAGUCCCGUCUUGUGUUGGGGCCCCACCUGCACACUAAAGUGUGUAGCAGUGUGACAUGUCCUGGUUUCCUUUCCUGCUGAGGUCCGUGGACCCUAGAUUCAGAAUGACGUUUCGUACACCAGCUGCUUCUGAGUUUAUGGUGGCAUCGGAGAGUAAGACUGACAGGCAGGUGUUUCCUGUCGUGGCCCAGUGAAAGCCCCUGGCUCCCCACUGGUGUGCUGCACACGCCUCAGACAUCUCCACAGGCGGAGACGGCCGAGGAACACAGCUCCUGGCCCAGAGAGCUACCUGCCGCCCUGUCCCUGCGCCUGAGACGCUUUCCCAAGGAUGUGCAGACUGGAGAGCGUGUUUCUCAUUCUGCCUGAAAUUACAUUACACUGGGAUAGGGAUAAAGAGAAGACAGUAGCUGUGCGUCAUUAAGCAGCUAAUUUAAAUUAUGAAAUAGACAUAAAUCCUACGUGCAUUUUAGCUAAAGUGUAUUAACAUCCAUCCAUGGGGCAGACUGUGCGUUCACUCAUUUUUCUUCUUAUUUUGUGGUGUAACAGCAGAAAUGGAAGAUUUUGAUUCAUUCAUUUCAUUUUAGCUUGCCAUAUAUAAGCAAAACAAGUCAUUAAAAUGUGCUUUAAAAGGGAGGUUAUAAUGAUACAAACAAAUAACUCUUAUGAAUGAGCUUUAAUAUAUUUCAUUGAAAUAUUGGCAUAAUUUUUACCCAUUCAAAACAUCCAUAACAAGACACGUAAUGAAUCGUGUAGAAGGCAUAAAGUUGUUUGUUUUUCGAACCCAGGAAAAGAACAGUGCUGUGGAAUAGUGUUGCUCGUGUUGCUGGCAGUUUUAGUGGCGUUGGCCGGUCGGAGGACAGCUGUGUGUGCGUCGUGACCCGGCACUGUCUUCUCCUCGGCCGUCAGCGCUCUCUGGCUCCCAGUCUGAGCCACGGGGCCCAAUGCACUCUCUGACCUGGGUGCUCCUCUGUUCUUUCCCUUCCUCGUUUUUCCUCUGUUCUCGUUUUCCACUCCACCAGUCAUUUCUUCCCUGCUUUUGCUGUACCCCCAGGCCUAGGAGCAGAGGUUGAGUUAGAAGCCACCUGCGUCUUACCAGACUUCACGCGGGUUGGGAAGUUCCAGCUGGGUGUGCAGAAAGCAGUGGCUGGGGGCGGUAAGCAGGCUGUCUGGUCUUCUGUUGGCGGCAAGUCCCCUGCGUCCCCCCAGGACACACGCAGAGCCAUGCAGAGUCAUUUUGGUCAGACUCGGCACAUUAGAGUUGAACUGCUGCCCGGGCUCCCUGUCUGUAAUCGUCACGCAGCUCCAGGAAGUUCAGAGCAGCAGAGCUGGCCCUGCUCGCAGAAUAUGUCACAACAAGAAAAGCAGCCGACAGAAAGCUUACUGUUAGCACUUCUCCUCUCUGCCGUACGGGGAUGCGGGUCCCCAGCCUGGAGGGUGCAAGAGAAGGUAGGUGUGUCUGACGCCCGCCUCCCCCCUGCGGUUCUGCAGCAUGGGGAGACAGGUCCGUCUAUGUGGGGCGUGGGGAAACAGGUCCGUCUGUGCGGGUGGGGAGACAGGUCCCUCUGUGUGCAGGUGGGGAGACAGGUCCCUCAGUGUGCAGGUGGGGAGACAGGUCCCUCUGUGUGCGGGUGGGGAGACAGGUCCCUCUGUGUGCGGGUGGGGAGACAGGUCCCUCUGUGCGGGUGGGGAGACAGGUCCGUCUGUGUGCGGCGUGGGGAGACAGGUCCCUCUGUGCGGGUGGGGAGACAGGUCCCUCUGUGCGGGUGGGGAGACAGGUCCCUCUGUGUGGUGUGGGAGACAGGUUUGUCCAUGUGUGGUGUGGGGAGACAGGUCUGUCCAUGUGGGGCAUGCAGAGACAGGUCCGUCUGUGUGCGGUGUGGGGAGACAGGUCCGUCUCUGUGUGGUGUGGGAGACAGGUUUGUCCAUGUGUGGUGUGGGAGACAGGUUUGUCCAUGUGUGGCGUGGGGAGACAGGUCUGUCCAUGUGGGGCAUGCAGAGACAGGUCCGUCUGUGUGCGGUGUGGGGAGACAGGUCCGUCUCUGUGUGGUGUGGGAGACAGGUUUGUCCAUGUGUGGUGUGGGGAGACAGGUCUGUCCAUGUGGGGCAUGCAGAGACAGGUCCGUCUGUGCGGGUGGGGAGACAGGUCCAUCUGUGUGGUGUGGGAGACAGGUCUGUCCAUGUGCGGCGUGGGGAGACAGGUCUGUCUCUGUGACUUCUAAUUAGUGCUCAAGCUGACUCUCCACCAGCCAACCGCUCGGCAGGGAGUAAGUUGUGCAGAUCCAAAUGUGUGGUUUUCCUGUCACUCACAUCUGUGUACGUUUCAUUAUUUUAAUAGCUUUUUUGGUAAAAGCUAUUUACUUUAAUUCUAAUCUACCUCUUCAGUCUCUUUUGAGAAACCUGUUCUUGGGAUACCCAUGGUUAAAGCUACUCUUCGCUCAACAAAAAUUGAAAUUUUUAAAACUAGAAACAUUAAGUAUUCAAUUAGCAAAUAUUUGCAUUUUUCCAUCUUGUCUUCAGUCCUUUUUGUAAUCAUUGGAAGUGCCCAUCACCAGCAAAUGCAGUGAAGCUGGUCCCCGGCCUCCCGUCACACAGUUCACAGCCGUAGGUCUGCUGUGUGGCCCUCUGGAAUCCAUUUUCGCUCAACGUGUGCACGAAGAAGCCUCCCCGCACACGCACACAGAAGGAGAGAGAGCUGUCUCACGUGCUUUCAGAACGGGUACCUCCAGCACGUCUGUCUUUCCCUCGCCUUUCUCCACUUAGCGUUACUCACCCCGCCGUGUCCUUAAGGAUGAAUUGAACAAUGCAGAUCUUUCUGACCUUGGGCUGUUAGGAGCAAUGAUAUUGUAAGAAUCUCUGUCCAUUUCUCUUGGUGCAUGUGUUCAAGAGUUUCUCUGAAGUCUGAAUUUAAAAUGGCAUUGCUGGGUUGUGUGGCAUUUGCAUUUUAGUUUUACAAGAAACCGCUGAAUUGCUCUCCGAAGCAUCUGUGCUAAUUUCCACUCGAACAACAGUGCAUGACAAGUCCCGGCUCCCCGUGUGUCAGUAGUGUUGUCAGGUGGUCACCUGGGGGCUCUGAAAUCCCACCUCUCGGCACUUUUCGUCUUUGGAUUCCUGCUGAGUUUCGUGUCCACCGACGUUGGCCUUUCCUCUUCAGGGACCUGCUCUUUCAUAAGCUUUGUCCAUGUUUCUGUCAGUUUGUGUUUCUGUUACUGAUUUGUGAGGCUCUUUCUAUACUCUACGUAUUUAAUCCUUUUCUGUUAGAUAGUUUGAAAUAUUUUUCCCAUUCUGGGAAGUACUUGCAACCUUGAAGAAAAAGUAUUUUGAUUUAAAAAUACCAACAUAACCUUUUUUGUUUGCAGCCUUAACGUUUUGGGAAUAUUUUGUUGAUUCCACGCAGUACUGCAGGCAUAGCAGGAAUAAUAAAUGCAAAUGAAUCAUGCCUGUGUCAUGGAGACACGAGAGACAUCUGCCAGGCAGCUUUCUGGAACAUUCUUCUAGCUGGAUGAGCACGCAUGGGUGCCCAGACUGCCCCCCGGGCAUGGCAGUAGUUCUGGAAGGUGCCUUAUUGGAGCCUGUGUUGUGUCUGAUAUGCGUCUCUUCCCUGGAGCUUCCGAGGCAGCCUACAUCCGGAUUCCCUCAUGUGCACCUGUAGCCUGUGGAAGGUGCUCUCCGCCAGGGGCCACCUGCUGGUUGGCUCUAUUUCUCAGGAGCGUCUGUGGCCCUGUAGACAGCACCUGAUCCCCCCACAAAUCUCCACUGUCCAUGCGCACUGCUGCCUCAUGCGUCCUCAGGGAGCGUGCAGCCUCACUUGUCAGCCUCCCGCUGUCCCACCCCCCUGAGAGGAGGGAGGCAAGUGUCAGGUCUUCAUGGGCCCCAGCCUUUUCCUAACAGCAAGUGGUUUUGGUUUCAUCUGUUUGUCUUUAAUGUUGACAACUUAGGAAUUACUGUUCAUUAUAGCACUUUAAGAUACCUUGUAGAGACUGACGCAAUGGCACAGUAGGUAAAGCCACCACCUGCAGUGCCAGCAUCCCAUGUGGGUGCCAGUUGGAGUCCCGGCUGCUCUCUCCCAAUCCAAUCUCUCCCUGCUAAUUCAUUAGGAAAGCAGCAGAGGAUGGCCCAAGUACUUGGGCCCCUGCACCCCCGUGGGGGACCUGGGUGAAACUUCUGGCUCUUGGCUUCAGCCUGGCCCAGCCCCAGCUAUUGCAGCCAUCUGGGGAGUGAACCAGUGGAUGAAAGAUCUCUCUCUCUCUGCCUGUGCCUGUGCCUGUGCCUCUCCCUCUCUGUAACUCCGCCUUUCAAAUAAAUAAAUCUUUUUUUAAAAUAUGUGUUAAAAAUCCUUUUGAGAGCCAGUCUUUAUUUGUCUGCAAUAACUUUAUUAAAUUUUUUUGACCUUGUGAUUAUUAUACUAGAAGGCAUUGUUUCAUGAGAAGUGUUGACAGGGAUUGUAUCCAUGGAUGGGUGACAUUAUUACUUCAUUCAUUGUCAUUCAUUGGAUUUCUUAGUUAACCUCUUGUAUUGGUAGUGCAUUUGUUACAAUUGAUGAACUGGUAUUCACACAUUAUUAUCAACAAGUGUUCGUAGUCUACACUUGGGCCCAGUUCACAGCACCUGGCAAAGGGCGGAGUCAGACUUUCCCCUGCCCCAGGCGGCAGGCAAGCCUGUGCUACGUGUUUGCUGUAUUCUUACCUCCAGAGAAAAUGGAAUGUCCAUCCCAGUGCUUUCAUCAGUCCACUCCAGUCCUGAAUACUUAAUUUCAGCCUCUUGUAGGCCAGUUAGAUGGUUCCAGAUCUCUACCUCGAUGAGAGGGAGCAUGUAGGCCUAGGCGGUGCCAGUGCCUGGAGUUUUCAGAGUACCGCUCAACUGUCCACACAGCGGGGGAAAUGAGGGCCCAGUCUUUCCACCAGAAGUAAACCGUGUUUGAUGGCCUUCAAUGUUUAGGAAAGGCAGUGCUGUAAUGAUUGCAUGUGAAAUCUUGUUUCAAAACUACCCCUUGAGUAAACUAGCAUCAUGUCAGGCUAGAAGUGAUGAGACUCUAAUUCAAUGCUAAAUCUCUCUUCCCUCCCAUCCACGGUCCCUUCCACCACGUCGGUCAAGGUGAAUUAUCAUUGUGUCUUGAAUCCUCAUAGAUUCUCAUCUCUAGUUCUCAGACUAAGUUCUGAAGCUUUUUGUGUCGACAGAUGAGCCGACACCAUAGCUCCAAAGUGAGUGUUCAUCUGACGUCAACCGUCAGCUUCGUUCCCCUGACAAAGUCAGUCCAGCUCUUAACGAGAACGCCCGCCGCCUGGUUCUGUGUGCAGCUCACUUUGCGCUGCGCAGGAUGCGUCUGGCACUUCCGUCUUCGGAGGAGGCUGUCAGUCCUUUCCCUGCUCCUCGCCUCGCAGUUCCUUCUCUGUGACAUGCGGCGUUCCCAUCUUGUCCCAGACACGCAGCAGUCAUGUGCCAAACAACAGUGUUUUGGCCAGUGAUGGUCCACGUGUGACAUUUGUCCCGCGAGAUACUUUACCUCAUGUUGUUGUCAUAGCGAAUGGUGUCAGUGCACACGACAUCCUACCAGCGCUCUUCUCAGAAUACACCCCCAUUGGCAGGUGACGUUGCUGAGGGCCGUGAGCGUGGCUCCGUGGUCUUGGUCAGGCACAUUUGUGCACCAAGCAGUGUCCCCAACACUGAGCGGCAACAGGAUGGACCCCUGGGCGCCGCUGAAGUCAGGGGAGAGGAAUUCAGAGCAGAAAUGUCAGCGGCGGCCUCAUAACUCAGGAGUGUCCUCGGAGCUGGCUGAUGUCAGAGUCGGUGCCUGGGCAAGGGCACAGUGGGAUCCUGCCAGCGCUCACCACGCCGGGCGGCACCAGCGGCCAUGUGUCCCUCCCGGGCCUCCCAGCAGCCUGGCCAUGUCUGUUUCCCUGUCCUGGUGUGCAGAUGACGCAGCACCCUAGGGAGGGUCCAGGUCGCAGUGCCUGGUGAGGAGCGGAAAGACUGUUCCCCUGCCCCUCGCUGCGGACACGUCGGCACCCCCAGAAGCGAGCGCAGCUCCUGUCUGCUCCCUUUCAUUUCUCAGGGCCCAGCUCCAGGACGGGCUGCUUCCCGGCACGUGCCUUUUGGACUUGUGCGGUGGCAGUGUGGAUUUUCAGCACUGCGGGGGACUGUCUAAAAUAAAUUUUGUAGGAAUAUUUUCAUUUAAUGUUUUCUAAAUGAUUGAUGAGAACGCUCCUACAGUAUUUAUACCAACCUAGAUUUUGGCAGGUCAUGACUAUACAUGGGAAUCUUCCAGAAAAACAGAUCCGUGAGGAAUAAUUUUUCCUUACAGAUUGUGACUGGCCUCUUUUUCUUUUUUUUAACCGGCGCUUUCUCCCUGCAGGAGAGAGACAGGCCUCGGGGCUGGGGCGGAAGCCUUGCAUAUUUUAUCUCACUUGGCAGCUCCGCUUAGCAUGAAGGAUUUUGCUGAGAUUCCCAGUGUUGGCUCUUCAGGGCCCGACUGAGAGAAUUCUUACAGCAUUACUUUUAUGCACACUGCUUUAAAAUAGGCAAAUGUCUGAACCACAUCAAAGCCGUUUCUGGCCGUGCGUGCUUGCAGAGGUGGCGUGGUCCCCCCAGGACGGCGGCUGCAGCGCUCCUGUGGUGUACCCAGUGCCGAGCUGCAUGCCUGGCACUGCAAACAGAACGAGUGUCCAUGAGUUACCGCUGUGAGUUUGACUGGAGGCAGUGGACAGCGUCCCCCACUGUGUCCAUUUCCGGUGUGAACGUGUGUGAACCACAUAUUUUUCUACUCAUUUAAUUCCCUCUAUUUGUCUCUUUCAUAUGAAGCUGUGUAAGUCUUUUCAUGGAAGAUUUGUAAUCUGUGUAAGAUCUCUCCUGCCGAGAACAGCGCGGGUGGUGGUGACGUGGCUCCUCGUCACCACCGUCUGCGUGCUUGUGUCUGCCCUGGGGGACGCAGGCUCCAGAUUCGAGGCACAGGGAGGCCGCAGGCGUGUGCUGCCUGCUGUCUCAGGGACACUGUGGGCGCUGUGGGAAGCUCCCCCCGAGUCGGCGUGGAGCUGCUGCCAAGGGCCGGAUGCGGUUGUGUUGGCAGGUUUGGGUGAACUGUGACGGGCAUGUCCACUUGCGUAAGGGCCCGGAGGACAGGGUGAGGGAGCAGCGCCGGCCUGCGUCCUGUGGGGAACUCCCGCAGGCCCUGCCGGCUGUGGUUUUCUGCCGGCACUGGAGGGCUGACCAGGUGAGAGGAGGAGCUGAUCACCCUGGGGUUGGAGGCGCGAGUGACUGUGAAGUCCUCAGCCGUCACCUGUGGGGGGAAGGAGCCCACUGAGUUUUGUUCUUUUUUCCCAGCAUGUUAAGAUGUAACUCUGGAAGAAUGUUGCAGCAUCAUUCAUUUUCACCUGUGUGUGGUUUACACAACGUGUCCUGCAAAUCCAAGGCAGAAAUGGGCACGUUUGCUCACAAGUCAUUUCUCCCUGUGGAAAGCCAAGCUGCAGGAGCUCCUGGAGGCGCGUCUGGGAUCGUGAGAGCGCUGGAAAGGAGCGUCAGCCGCAGGGCGUCAGCCCCUGUGCCGGCCCCACCGCCAGGUCCCUGAGACCCAGCCUGUCCUCAGCGCUCUCGGCUGAACUUCUUCCUCGCCUUUCCCGUGCUCCGUGUUGUCCUUAAGUGCCUGCC